AAGUUCCAUUAGAGCCAAACAACUUCAAACACCUUCCUCGUAUUAAAAAAAAACUUUUAGAUGAAUUUGGAGUGACGUUUCAACAACUAUUCCGGCUCUGGUUAUUCUUCAGGAGGCACUACACGGACCGUCCAUCAUAUUGACAUGUUUUUUCGACCGAUCUCCGUUUUGAUUCAUUAUUCAGUCGUUUUUAGUCAUACUAGAUAAUCUGUUACCUUUUGAUGUAUUACUUCUAAUUAAUUAAUUAAAUGAAUCUCAUCAAGCCACGCCACUGCUUAUCGCAGACUGUCUAACAGGAAUAGUUCAAAGAAAUUAUGUACAUACGCCUUCCGACACUUUCGGUCAAUAGAUUCGAUGUUUUAAUUGGUAAACAGUGGAAAUGAUGAGUCCAAGUGGACUGACGGUUUCUAAGAUGUUUUAUACGAGGAGUAAACAUUAAUUUAAAUAUACGUAAGAGAAAAGAGGAAAACCGUCUGAAAGCAAUCGAAAAUGAAAAAAUAGAAAGAGCGAUAAAAUUCAACCAAAUGCGCAAAGAACAAGAAGAAAUCCGUAAAGUUUUCGUAGAAAAAGCUAAUAAAAAAAUAUUCAUGAACAAAGGAAAUGCUAAACAGCUGACCAGCGCUUACAUCCUGAGCGAAGUUUUGUACGAAAGAGAAAAACAAAAAGAAUUCAAAGAUUUUCUGAUGAAGCACGAAGCCGAAGAAUACGCGAAGGAAGUGGAGGAUGUUAGAAGAGUAGCUAAAGAAUUCGUUGAAGAAACAAAAGCUCAUAACGAAAACGAAAAACGCAAAAAAAUCGAAGCCAGUAAACAAAUAAGAAAAGAGUUGGACGACAAAAUUAAAAAAGAAAACGAAGAAGCGGAAAAAAGGAGAAUGGAAGAUUAUAAAGAUUAUAACGAUGCUUUAGACGAAAUGAAUUGCAUUAAACGGAAAGAUUUCGAAACGAAACUGAAGAAGAAACAAGAAAUAGCCAGAGAUAUGGAAGAUAUGUUGGAAAAGGAGCGCCAGAAAAACAUAUUGUUAGCUACGGAAGAACAAGAAUUGGAUGAUGUUAUCAAAGCUUACAGAAUCGCCAAAGAUAGAAUCGAUUGUAUGAGAAAAAUUAAAGAAAAACAAUUGCGGGAAGAAGCUAUUCGAUAUAGAGAAGAAAAAUCUGAAACGGCCAAAGCUGCAUCAACGGAAAAAGAAGAAGAAGAAAAGAGACAAAGAUCGUUAGAAGAAGCGAUAAAAGAAUAUGAAGAAAAGGAACUUGAAAAGGAAAGAAAAAAAGCGGAGCUUCACGCACGAGAGGUGCGCGAUAAACUGGAGGGAAGAAGACGGUUUCUCGAAAAAGAAGAAGAGCGUUUGAAGAAAGAAGCGGAAUUGAGAAAAUGGGAGAUGCUGAACAGAUACAAAACCGCAGAAGCCGUUAAAAUAUUGGACAAUAACAGUGCGAACGAACGUAAAAAUAAAAUGUUGAAAUACAGAGACGAUUUACUAAAACAAAUCGCGGAAAAUGAAAAUCGGCAAAAGAAAGAAAAGGAAAUUGACGGGAUGAUAAUGGAAUCGUUAAAUCGAACUGACGAUGACAAAUUCUUUGCUUAUGCCGAUGAAAUUUUAAAUAAGCAAACGAAAACUAAAAGAUCUACUUAUCCUACAAUAAAAGCUAUUAUGGAUUAUAAAAAGAAUAAUCAUUUAUCUACGUGAACCAGAUGUCGAAUACAUUUCGACACGAUUGUGUACGAAUGAUAAUGUCAGGAAAAUAAUCAUUCGUCUCCGAAUUACAAUUCGUGUAUUAUUAGAAAUAAAACAUUUUUUACAAAAGUA